UCCCUCCCUCCCGCCCGCCAAGAUCUCCCUCAGCGGCUCAUUCUGUGAGCUGGGAUUGGCUGCUGGCCGGAGGAGAUGGGGUGGCACGCGGCGGGCUGCAGGCGCUUGUGACCGGGUUAGAGGAGAGACGCUGCUGAGCGGGAGCCGCUCCGUCCCAGGGUGAGGUGGGGAAGCGAGCAGAGAAGCGCCCGGCCCGGCCGAGCGGAGACGGAACCACCUGCUCGCCUAGAGCCAGCCAUGCCUGCGGGGAGCAACGAGCCCGACUGUCUCCUCAGCUACCAGCUCUGGUUGCUUUCUGGAAUGAAGAGGUGGCUUGGGCAGUCAACACGAUCGCUCCCAAGGGCCCUCUCCCGCAAAGCAGAGCCUGUGCAACACCUUGGUAUACAACUGAGUUGAGGAUGAUGAAGCAAGCUGGGAGACACCUGGAAUAGACCUGAAGAUGAGGCUGUUGUGGAUCUGGGAGGCACCAGCAAUGUCGUCAACAUUCAUUAUGAGCCAGAAGAGCUGGAAGGGCAUAGGACUCUGUAUGUUGGGGUACGGAUGCCAUUGGUGCGACAGGGUCACAGACAUCACCGAACUCAUGGCCCGAAACAUAGGAAGCGGGACCGGGCAAAGGGAACCAUUCCAGAAGAGUCGACUCAUGAUACCCCAUCUCAGAGAGUUCAGUUUAUCCUUGGCAUGGAGGAAGAUGAGGAGCACAUGCCCCACGAUUUGUUCACAGAAAUGGAUCAAAUCUGUAUGAAAGAGGGUGAAGAUGCUGAGUGGAAGGAAGCAGCAAGGUGGCUGAAGUUUGAGGAAGACGUGGAAGAUGGAGGAGAGCGCUGGAGUAAACCAUAUGUGGCUACUCUUUCAUUGCACAGUCUCUUUGAGCUGAGGAGCUGCAUCAUCAAUGGGAUUGUCCUUCUGGAUAUGUGUGCAAACACCGUAGAAGAAAUUGCAGACAUGGUUCUGGAUCAGCAUGAACCUUCCAGUGACCUUGAUGAAACUACCCGUAAAAAAGUCUGGGAAGCCCUCUUGAAAAAGCAUCAUCAUCAGAAUGAGAAGAAGAGAAACAAUCUCCUCCCGAUUGUCCGCUCUUUUGCUGAGGGUGGACAGAAGAAGUCAGAUCCUCAUUCAAUGGAUAAGACAGUUCCCACACUGACUCUUCAGCCUCCUUCACACUCUCCAGAUGGGAGAAAUGGAUUGAGCCACGAUACUACCCCGACAGACUUGAGCAAGGCAGAGCUUCAUUUUAUGAAGAAAAUCCCCAUCGGAGCGGAAGCCUCAAAUGUUCUUAUAGGAGAGUUGGAUUGUCUUACUCGACCCAUCGUUGCCUUUGUGCGCUUAACACCAGCUGUUCUACUCCCAGGCAUGACUGAAGUUCCAAUCCCUACCAGGUUCUUAUUUAUCUUGUUGGGUCCGAUAGGCAGAUUACAGCAGUAUCAUGAGAUUGGAAGGUCAAUGGCUACCCUCAUGACUGACGAGAUUUUUCAUGAUGUUGCUUACAAAGCCAAGGACCGUAGUGACAUUUUAGCUGGGAUUGAUGAAUUUCUAGACCAGGUGACAGUGUUACCACCUGGAGAAUGGGAUCCAUCAAUUAGGAUUGAGCCACCAAAAAAUCUCCCUUCCCAGGAUAAGAGAAAGAUGCCAGGAACACCAGGAAUCCCUAAUGGAACUGCUUGCCAUGAGGAACCUGAAGAUCACAGCGGGCCAGAGCUCCAGAGAACAGGAAGGCUCUUUGGUGGCUUGAUCCUGGAUGUGAAACGGAAAGCUCCUUGGUACUGGAGCGACUUUAAAGAUGCUAUAAGUUUGCAGUGUGUAGCUUCCUUCCUCUUCCUGUACUGUGCCUGCAUGUCUCCUGUGAUUACCUUUGGGGGGUUGCUUGGAGAAGCAACAGAUGGACGGAUAAGUGCAAUGGAAUCCUUGCUUGGAGCUUCAAUGACUGGGGUAGUAUAUUCACUCUUUGCUGGUCAGCCUCUCACCAUCCUUGGAAGUACUGGGCCAGUACUGGUCUUUGAGAAAAUUUUGUUCAAGUUCUGCAAAGACUAUGGCCUUUCUUAUCUCUCUCUACGAACCUGCAUUGGCCUAUGGACUGCUUUCAUGUGCCUCUUGCUUGUGGCAACUGAUGCCAGCUCUCUCGUCUGCUACAUCACUCGCUUUACAGAAGAAGCAUUUGCCUCUUUGAUCUGUAUGAUUUUCAUCUACGAGUCUCUAGAGAAAUUGUUUAGGCUGGGAAGGACCUACCCAAUUCACAUGAAUACUGAUCUUGACCGUCUGAGCUUGUAUUACUGCAGAUGCUCAGUCCCCAAGGAGCCCGACAAUUACACUCUCAACUACUGGAACAACAACAACAUCAUUCCCUCAACAGUCACAUGGGCUAAUCUCACCAUCUCUGAAUGUGAGAAGAUGCACGGAGAAUUCGUAGGACCUGCUUGCGGACUUAAAGGCCCUUUUACCCCUGAUGUUCUUUUCUGGUGCUGCAUCUUGUUCUUUACCACUUUUAUCCUGUCGAGCACGCUGAAGCAAUUUAAAACCAGCAGCUAUUUCCCAACAAGAGUACGUUCCAUGAUAAGUGACUUUGCUGUUUUCAUUACCAUUGUUACAAUGGUGGUGAUUGACUUUUUAAUUGGAGUCCCAUCACCAAAGCUACAGGUCCCCAGUGCCUUCAAGCCCACAAGAGAUGAUCGUGGGUGGCUUAUUAAUCCAAUAGGGACCAACCCCUGGUGGACGAUAUUAGCAGCUAUUAUCCCAGCUCUUCUCUGUACCAUACUCAUAUUUAUGGACCAGCAAAUCACAGCAGUCAUUGUGAACAGGAAGGAACAUAGACUUAAGAAAGGGUGCGGCUAUCACCUGGACCUUCUCAUGGUGAGCAUCAUGCUUGGUGUGUGCUCAGUGAUGGGGUUGCCUUGGUUUGUUGCUGCUACUGUCCUUUCCAUCAGCCAUGUCAACAGUCUCAAAGUGGAGUCUAGCGCAGCAGCACCUGGAGAACAGCCUAAAUUCCUGGGCAUAAUUGAGCAAAGAGUCACUGGACUGAUGAUCUUUGUACUCAUGGGCAUCUCUGUCUUUAUCACCAGUGUGUUAAAGUUUAUACCUAUGCCCGUCCUCUAUGGUGUGUUCCUAUACAUGGGAGUUUCUUCUCUGAGAGGGAUUCAGUUUUUUGAUCGCUUGAAGCUUUUUGGAAUGCCAACCAAACACCAGCCAGACUUCAUCUACCUACGGCAUGUCCCUUUACGUAAAGUGCACCUCUUCACUGUGAUCCAGCUGAGCUGCCUCAUCAGUCUCUGGGUCAUUAAGGCCUCUCCUGCUGCUAUUGUCUUUCCUAUGAUGGUUUUGGCAUUGGUCUUUGUCCGGAAAGUCAUGGAUUUCUGUUUUUCGAAGCGUGAACUCAGCUGGCUUGAUGACCUUAUGCCAGAGAGCAAGAAGAAAAAACUGGAUGAUGCAAAGAAAGAGGCCGACGAAAUAGAGGAGUCUGAGAAGAUGAUCGAAGAAGCUGCUUCAAAUACUGUGAUUGAAAUACCUGUGGUGAAUAAAAGUUAUCUGAGUGUACCUGGACACACUGCACUGCCGCCACGCAAUUCUUCACUAAAACCUAACAGGCCUGAUCCUGCAGACAUUAACAUAUCUGAUGAAAUGUCUAAAACAACUAUGUGGAAGACCAUCACCAUGAAUACAGAAAAGCCCUGAUUCCAAAGAGAAGAGCAUUUGUUGGUCUACAGCUUUGCCUCUCGGUUUAGGAUGAGGAGUAGCAGCACAUGAAGAUGACUCAGGGAAGAGCCAAGACAUGCAGGGGAGAAAAUACUUUUGAAACAGAAGGGCACAAGCAAACAAACUGCCCCGAUACGUCCUUCAUAUAAGUAACUGGGUUCAUAUUAAAGCCAUUCAGAAGUCUUUUGAUUACCCUUUGUGUGCUUCAGUGGGCAUUCUAAUUAUCUUCAGACCAGCAAAUCAAGACGCACAAGCAGUCAAUGGAAGUUCAGUGUUACAGCCUCUGUGUGUGUGUGUGUGUGUUUGCUGUGUGGCAGUCUCUUAGUUGUAGAGGGACUGCUGCCACUGUGUGUACUUUAUUUUUUACAGUAUCCAUUUCUUAAUAAUAUAAACUUUGAAUGUACAACAGCAACACAACUAUUUUAGAUUCUUUUUUCUGCUAGUACUCUCCUUAUUUACUUGUUCUUUGCAGACUACUUUAUCAGUAACAGGAUUUGGUUGAAUUUUUACAUUGAAUCAUUUUAUAUAGUUGUCAGGAGAGCAAAUGAUAAGGGAUAAUGCAAUAUUUUCAAGCAGGGUCAGGGGACGAAUUGCUGAUUUUAAUUUAUUUUAAAAAUCAAAAUCAAGUUGCUUAAAUUCUAUUCAACUCUUUCAGUCUACCCCCCCACCCAAAACCAGGUAUUCUUGUGACAAGGUCCUCAUUCAUCAAAACACUUAAACUGUAUCUCACAAUAUAGAUAUGGGCCAAUCAUCUCUGUGUUGCUUUGUCUAGCUCCUAGAUGAAUCCAGCCAAACCAUUAUCUCAGCCAUGUAAAUAAGCUGGUGGGAGAAAGGUGAUUGGCUCAAAAGCCAUUGAUGUCAGAAUGCAUAUUGAUUAGAUAGGUGCCUGAAGCCUAUGUAGUACCGAGGUUGGGGGGGGGCAGUGGGCUAAUAUGGGGAGAGGGGUUGGGGCUAGGGAGACUGAAAUGCCAGGUAGCAAGAGCUGCCCCAGCAGGGAUUCAUUCUGAGGGGAGUACCUUGGGUCAGGACUCAGGAAUCUUAGUGUUUCAGUGCAUGGAAGCCUGAUGAGUAGUCUUCACUCUCUUUGAAAUUAAAUUGAAGCAAAUGUUAACCAGCAAAGCCUAGGAAAGAUUAAUGAGUUAUUGCAAUGCAUCUACACAAAGAACUAGAUGGAUUAUAAAAAAGGAUAGAUGCAGGGCCAUUUGAGUUCAUCACUUGCUUUAAAGAACAGCACAGGCUUUCUGGGGUGGUGGGGGGACACACAGCAACAACCCCCACACCUGCAACAAAUGGGAAAAGGCUUAUAUCAUCCACCACCACUACUGCUGUACUACUGGGAAGAGCCACAGCUGCUCAUGUUACAGGGCAGAGUCACACUCUGCGUCCUGACCCAUCCAGGACAGGCAAAAAAUGUGGGACUUGAAGUGUGACGGGGAGGAGUAUGGUGAUGUAUGAGGAAAGGGGCUGCGUUUCCCCCACUGCUUGUCAGACUGCAAACAAGUUGAUAACCCCGAGGUCUAGAAUAGUUUGUGGGAACCUCAGUCUUCUCAAGCUUAGGGUGGCCCUGCCCCCCCCCAAGUUAACAUCUGGAAAAUAUGAGAAAGAGGGGAAGGAGAAAUGACCUACUGACUUUUCAGGAUGAGUUGAUAGUAUAUGCCCUGACUUGCACUGCAUUUCCAUUCUACCAGGAGGACCAGCAUUCCCACCUGCCCCGCCCCCCGGCAGUGAUUUGUGGUAGGCAUUCUAUUCUUUUUGUCAUAAUCUUUGAGGAACAAGGAUUGAUAGGCUAGGUGGAUCUAGGACAGGUUUCCAGCCUAGCCACAGUGCUUUCUUGCUGACUGCCCCCCACCCCCGCAUGGCUUUCUCAUUUUCUUUCUAAAAGCUUGCUUAUACUAAGUAUGUCCUUUGUUGUUUUCAAAAUCAGAGCAUGUGUUUACUGAAGAUAUUUUGAAAAAGGGAGAACUCAGAUGAAUGUAUCUACACUACAAACUUAACACUGGUUUAACCAUUAUUCCUUCUUUCUAGGGAGCCCUGGAAUGGUAACACUGUGAGGGGUGUGCAUAGAUCUCUAACUGGGGCUCUUCAGCUCUUCAGCUAAUCACAGUUCCAAAGAUACUUUGGGAGAAAGUCUGGUAGUGUAACUGGUAUAAAAUCGAUAAAGGUUUGCAGAAUUGAUUGAUUAAGUGCCGUCAAGUCGGUGUCAACGCUUAGCGACCACAUAGAUAGAUUCUCUCCAGGAUGAUCUGUCUUCAACUUGGCCUUUAAGGUCUCUCAGUGAUGCAUUCAUUGUUGUUAUAAUCGAGUUCACCCACAGUAUUCUAAUGUAACGGGGGUUGGUUUUUUCAAAGUGCUAUUAGUGCAUACAUUCGGAACAUAUGUCAGAAAAGGUUAUCUGUGAUUCUGACCUUUUCUAUGAUGAUCUCAGCAGAAUCUUCUAUUCUUUUUCCAUAUUGCUCCCAUGUUCAUAGAAUCAUAGAGUUGCAAGGGACCUUGGAAGUUUUCUAGUCAGAGCCCCUGCUCAAUUUAGGAAUUAAAUGAAAAAGGAGAUAGUGGUGCAGGUACUCAGGGCAUCAUUUUAGCAAUCCAGCCCCUAAAGCCUGUUAUUUAAAUGCUUGACUCACCAUGAAAGUAAAGCCAAGAAAAUCAGAGUUCCUGCAUUAGUGUUGUAUCCAUUCAAAUCACUAUCCUAAAUUGUUUCAAUUUUUAUGCUAUUCCAUGAGUAUUAAUUUUUCUUUAGAAUUGAAAAAUAAUCUAGGCAUCUCCAGCUUAACCUGUAAGCCAAAGACCCUUAAAAGUCUGCUUGUCAGAUCAUAGAUUAGAUUAUAUAGCAAUUCAGGUUUGACAAGGUUUAUUUUCAUUAAUAUUCAAAGGUUUGGGCUCUUGCAAAGAACUCUUCUUUGAUCUAGCUGCUCAGGUUUUUCAAGGCUUUUUUUCUGUAACUUUCAAAAUAGUUCAGGUUUUUGAAGGAGUUUUCCUCUGAUGUAGCACACAUUCCUUUUGGAAACCUUAUAUUAAUUCCCAUAAAUAUUGUGUAGGAAACUGCCAUGAACGUGAAUCUGAAUGAAACUAAAGCAAAGUGAGAAGAUCAAAAUUCAAUCAGGACAGAGCAUGAUUAUAUGUAUCUUGCUCAAAGUGAGUAUUUGCAGGUCGAAAUGUGGUAAAUAAAUAAAAUAAAUCUGUAGCUGAACAUAUUAAGUCAAUAUAGGAUAUCAUCUCACAGUAUUUGUAGACCAAAUUAUGGAGUGUUGAAUGGGUAGCAAGUAGGAAGUAAUGGAAGCUCUCUCUUGUCUAAUGCUGCAAGGAGCUGUAUGACAGAACUGUGGAGCUAAACUAUAUGGUACAUAGCUGUGGGUGUUUGGGGCAUUUGUGGACUUCUAGACUAGAGAUCUUAAAAGAAUGUAAGAUUGGACUAGAAGCAGGUUCAGCCCUGAGAAGUUAGCUCAGCAAAGCCUCUUUUUUGUGAAUUAGGAGGGCAUAGAGAGAAAGAUCAAGCGGGUUGUGGCUGGACCAGUUCAUUUGAUCCUCUUAAUUCUGCUAGGAUUUGUUAUAUAUAGACUAGCUUGAAACAAAUUUGGAGAGAAAUAUUCCCAAGCAAAUGUCUAAUUUACAUUUGCUUGCAAAAAUCCAAAUGUGUCAUUUCCCAGUGGGUUGGAGAUGUAUCUAGGCCUACAGGGGGAUCUAAGAAUAAGAACUGUGAGAUAAGACAGGAGAAAGAAGAGGUAACAGAUUGGCUGGGACUUUUUGGUAGAAAAUAACUAUGGGGCACACUGUGAUUCUUUUUUAAGUCCACUGAGCCAAAGGAACCGAAGCCCAGUUGGUUGGAACUCUUGGAGCUUUUUCAGACAGCAAGCUUUACUGUGAGUUCAGGGCAUAGGAUAUUCCAAAGCAAAAAGAGGAUUUUUUCCCCCCAGAGGAAAAAACCCAAAUCGUGUGUGAAGUGCUCUCUGAAAUAUCGCACAGACUUGGGGGUAAAUCUGGCUGAUAUGUGAAUGGACACCCAUCCUCCCAAAAUAAAGAGUUGCAGUAAAGUUGACAUCUGAAAAAGCUCCUGGGGCAUUAUCCCAUAUGAAGCAGGAACUUUUCUUUUAUUCCACAGAGAUGGGGAGGUGCGGGUGGGGGUGGGAAUUCGAACAAUGCCUGGCAAUGGUUGGGGGACCAAAAGUGUUGGAAGGAGACAGAGUGGCAGAAUCUUGACUUGGAGUCCACAGUGUCUCUCAGGGGAUUGUUUUCUGAGAGGCUUUAGAUACUAGAAUCUAUGUAAAUUCCUAAGGCACUUCAGUCUUCUUUUUGAAAAUGAACACCCAAAUGAAGAGUUUCAUAAUCCUCACUGAGGAAGGAGGGGAAUCAAAGAAAAGGUGCUGGCACAUUUUUCUACUGUAUCUUCCUCCUAUAAUCACUGUAUGUAGAAAUAGAGAUAUUAUUUUCUUUUUAGAAAUAAAAGAAAAAAUAUUUAUUUUGUUGUAAGAGAAGUAAUUUUAAAAAUACCCAUUCCAUGUUGUAAAUACAUAUAAACAUGGAAAGAUGGACUCUACUUAUGUACAAACUAAAAUAAAUUUGCUAAAUUUAGCUCCAAAACAGAAUACAUAGAUGUAUGGUUUUGUUCUGCUAUAAGAUAACAAACAUUGUUAGUACUGCUUCAUAAUUUACAUUUGUGAAAUGUCUGUCAGUGAUUUAUGAUAUUCUGACAAUCGGAUUUGUGCCUGUCAUGAAUCUACAUGUUGUUAAACAAAAAAAUAAGGAAAAAUAAAAGCAGCCCAUAUUUGUCUAA